AUGAUGCAGUCUUUGCCACAGAGCAAGAAGACAAAAUUGGGUGUAGUGUCCGGUGUCUACAUUCCAGUGGUGUUGAGUGUUAUCAGCAUCCUCAUGUUUCUACGAUUUGGCUCUAUCCUUGGACGCAUCGGCCUACUGGGUAUUCUAGCUUUGUUGGUCAUUGCAUACUUCGUGGACCUCGUCACCACGUUAUCGUUGUCUGCCAUCGCAUCCAACGGGGAAGUCAGAGGAGGCGGCGCCUACUACUUGAUCUCCAGGUCAUUGGGUCCUGAAUUUGGUGGCUCGAUCGGAGUGCUGUUCUACCUGUCUCAGGUUCUCAACACUGCUCUCAAUGUAGUCGGCCUCAUCAACUGCUUGGAGCUCAACCUGGAGGGGUUUGUCCCCAGCGGCUACUGGGAAAACUACCUCAUGGAGACCUGUGCUCUUGCUCUUUGCACUGUCCUAUGCCUUGCUGGAAGCUCCGUAUUUUCCAAGGCCAGCAAUUUACUCCUGGUCAUUCUGGUCAUAUCAACAUUGAGCAUACCAAUUUCGGCCAUUGUGAAGAGUCCAUUCAAGGACAGGAGCCUCGACGUUGAGUUCACUGGGCUGAGCGCUCAGACUCUGGUAUCCAAUUUGUAUCCUCAUGUCCGAAGUCGACAUUACUCGGGAUUCGAGACUUUCAGAGAGUUGUUUGGGAUACUGUUCCCGGCCACGUCUGGCAUCUUCGCGGGGGCGUCGAUGUCGGGGGAUCUGAUAAAUCCCAGUCAUGCUAUACCAAAGGGUACUUUGUGGGCAAUGCUUUCAACCUUUGUUCUUUACUUGCUCGUCAUCAUAUCGAUGGCAGCUAGUAUAACACGUAGCACCCUGCUCCACCAGACGAACGUUGUAUCUAUCACGAGUCUAUGGUCGCCCCUAGUCCUAGCAGGAGAGUGUGCGACAACAUUCUUCUCCGUCUUGAUGGGCAUCAUAGGCGCUGCCAAACUUCUUCAAGCUUUGGCUCGGGAUAAACUCCUUCCUGGCUUGGGAGUAUUUGGGCAAGGAACGAUACGUGGGGAUGAUGCCAUUUACGCUGUACUCAUCACGUUUGCUAUUGCACAGAUCGCCCUGUUUGCUGAUUUGAACCAAAUAGCGACAUUUAUAUCCAUAGGAUACCAGAUGACAUUUUUCGUCAUGAAUCUGGCUUGCUUUUUGCUGAAGAUAGGAUCAGCCCCUAAUUUCAGGCCGGCCUUUAAAUUCUUCAGCUGGCAGACGGCAUUCUUAGGCAGUAUACUCUCAGCAGCUGCAAUGUUCUUCAUCGACGAAACAGUUGCAGCUGCGGCUAUCUGCGUUCUAAUUGCCUUGUUCCUGCUUAUUCAUUACUUGAGCCCACCAAAGCACUGGGGCGAUGUGUCGCAGAACUUGAUCUACCAUCAAGUACGGAAGUACUUGCUGCGCCUGAAGCCAGAGCACAUCAAGUUUUGGAGACCCCAAAUCAUUCUGCUCGUCAACGAUCCUAGACACCAUACCCGGCUCAUCCAGUUCUGCAACUCAAUGAAGAAAGGGGCUUUGUACAUCCUGGGACACGUCAUUGUCACUGACGACUUCAGCACGGGCAUCCACGAAGCAAAGUUACAGCAAUCCGCAUGGACGAGAUACAUCACCGAGUACUCGAGGAUCAAGGCCUUCGUUCAGCUUACCAUGUCCCCCACCAUCGAAUGGGGCAUCCGGAAUCUCAUCCUCUCCGCCGGGCUCGGUGGCAUGCGGCCCAACAUAGCCGUGCUCGGCUUCUACAACAUGGAUGAACUGCGGAGAUCGCGACCUUUCGCCAGCGGCCCGGAGGCGUCGGUGUCUCCCAGCAAGGCAAAGAUACCACCGAAGACGGAAGGAAAACGGCGAGGGCGUGGAGACACAUCGGCUCGCCUCUUGGAGGGUUUCCUACCGACCGACGAUAUACGUACGGAAGGUAUGAUGUCUCCCACGAGUUACCUGACGAUACUUGAGGAUCUUGCGCUCAAGCAUCGUCUCAAUGUCGCCAUUGGAAAAGGGUUUCAGGCCCUGGAAGCUCCACGGAGAGAUGGAAAAAACACCAAGAAGUACAUUGAUCUUUGGCCCAUUCAGAUGUCGGCUGAAAUCACAUCCCAAGGAAAGAGUGUUUUGACCACUAAUUUUGAUACAUAUACAUUGAUACUUCAGCUCGGAUACAUUCUGCUCAGUGUCCCCAUCUGGAAGAAUGCAUUCCGUCUCCGAGUCCUGGUGUUUGUAGAGUACGAGAGCGAGGUCAAAGCGGAGCAAGGGAGACUCCAGACCCUCUUGGAGAAACUGAGAAUUGACGCCGAGAUCAAUGUCUUCUGGCUGGCUUCUGGGCAACUGGGCGGGUACGAAAGCAUUAUCAACGGCAUACCCAGCAACAAAGAAAACGAGCGGAUCAUCGAUAACUUGCUUAAAGACGACGAGUGGUGGCAAGCGCUUCAGCGGCUGCGGAAAGGGGAUUACAACAUGUCCCGGUCUGAAGAGCCUUCGUCUUCAAGAGAGAUGCUCGAGGUCAAGAGGCGUCGUGGCUCCAGUCCAAGUGCUGGUGGUCAUGAAGAUGACGCUUCUCGGCGGAGACUGAGCAUGCAGAGCCUGUUAGAACUGCCCAAGAGGGCAAAUGUUGCCAAGAUAUCCAAGCUAGGCGUCAGCUUUGGUAUCCAUACACACCAACUUGACUCCCAAAUGUUCGGAGACCAGUCGGAAAACAGGAAAGACUACGACUCUUCCACUGAUGACGAAGACGAUUCUUCGUCCUUGUCUGAGGGAGAGUUCAAUGACGUUGCAAGUGUCAUGAGUGAUGGAGACCUCGAUGAAACUGCUCAAUCAUGCCAACCUCUAUUGUUCUCAGGUCGACGAAGAAGCCAUGGCAACCUACUCAAAGGACAUGAUCCUCCUAAGAAGGCAGAUGUAUCACGAAACUCUCAAGCAGCUCAGGGCCGCAGCGGGGGUAGUACGCCGGGUCGCAGCUAUGGCACCAUCGGGAGCACAACACGCACACACUCCUUUAAACAACAAGAUAGGGCUCCAACUCCUGUGAUGAGUCCAGUCGUAGAAUUUAGGAGCGGGACUGAAGGCAUCGAAUCACCAUCCAAGGCCAGUCCAAUACCAACCAGACCCGCCUUUUCCCGACAGUCAUCUGCCUCCAGGUUCUCCAGCCGCCCAACCCCCGACACCAAGAUCAACUUCGAAGAGGGUGGCUUCGGGCCUAGCAUCACAUUCAGAGAUCCCGGUGGUUCAAACACUCCCAAGCUGGACCGACCUCCCCUAUCACGCAACUCUUCCACAGCAAGAUUCUCAAGCCGCCCAACCCCCAAGAUGAAGAAAAUUGACAGCGAGGACGGUUCGGGACCCCGCCUCACCUUUGCUGAGCCCACCGAGCCUCCUUCCUUCACUCGUUCGCAGCGGAACUCUUUAUCCCAGGGCAUAUCAUCAUCAUCACCGCAAACCCCCCAACUCAAUAUCCCCAAGCUGCUUGAAUCGUACGAAUUCGACCAGUACUCCUCCUCCUCCUCCCCCUACGCUCGUCACAAAGACGAGGACGCAAAUACAGAACUCCGGUCUAAUUACUCUACCCAGUCUCUCCCGCUAUCCUUCAACGAUAUACCAAGCCGGGCGCAACAUCUGAUCUUGAAUGAGCUCAUGCGGCAGCACAGCGGCGAGGCGGUGGUGUUGUUGACUACCCUGCCGAUUCCGGAAGAGGGAACGAGUAAGAAGGAGGAGGAUGCGUUGAGGUAUUUGAGUGAUAUUGAGGUCUUGUGUCAUGAGUUGCCGCCCGUGUUGUUGGUGCUGAGUAAUAACAUGACGGUUACCGUUAGUUUGUGA